AUCGAGCUCGUGAAGGCAUCGCAUUACCGGAAGUAGUUUGUCGCUUGAGCUGCCUUUUGUUCCAACUGUUGAAUGUAUCGCCGCGCACGAUAUAACUUCUUUAAUUCACUCUCUUUGCCUUCGUAUGUUGUAAUCAAAAUCAUGUCGGAGUGAGAAAACAGCGUUUGAAGGACGGAAAGAGCGCCGCCAUGGCCAUCGCCCACGUGGCCACCGAGUACGUGUUCAGCGACUUCCUGCUGAAGGAUCCCAACCAGGCCCGAUACCGCAGCGUCCGCACCGAGCUGGCCGUGGACAAGAUGGUGACGUGCGUGGCCGUGGGUCUUCCUCUCCUCUUCAUCUCGCUGGCCUUCGCGCAGGAAGUCUCCGUCGGCACUCAGAUCAGCUGCUUCGCGCCCAGCAACUUUUCGUGGAGGCAGGCGGCGUACGUGGACUCGUUCUGUUGGGCGUCGGUGCACACGCACAAGCUGCCCCUGUGGCUGCACAAGUUUUUCCCGUACAUCCUGCUGCUGGUGGCCAUGCUGACGUACACGCCGGCGCUGUUCUGGAGGUUCUGGUCGGCGCCCCUGCUGCAGUCUGACCUCGGCUUCAUCGUGGAGGAGCUGGACCGGUGCUACAACCGAGCCGUCACGCUGGCCAAGCGCAUGAGCGCCGCCGGGGCGCCGGGAGCCGACAGCUGCGGCGACCCGACGGAGGGCUGCUUCAACUACCCGCUGGCGGAGAAGUUCCUGAUGACCAAGCGCUUCUCGCGCUCGCUGCUGACCCGGUACCUGCUGUGCCGGGGCCUGACGCUGGCCACGCUGCUGUGCGCUUGCCUCUACCUGGCGUACUACCUGCGCUUGGCCUCGCUCACCGACGACUUCGGCUGCCGGCUGCGGGCGGGCCUGCUGGCCAACGACUCGUCCGUCCCGGCCGAGGUGCAGUGCAAGCUGGUCGCCGUCGGGGUCUUCACGCUGCUCAGCCUGGUCAACCUGAUCAUCUUCUCGGCGCUGAUCCCCGUGGUCGUCUACGCCAGUCUCCGCCCACUCCUGUGUCACCGUUACGCCCACUUCCUGGACACCUACCAAUUGUUGCCCACGGUCGGCGUCCUGCCGGCGCCCAGCGGCCAAUGGGACGACCUCUCCCUCUAUCUGCUCUUCCUGCAGGAGAACAUCAGCGAGCUCAAGUCCUACAAGUACAUCAAGGUGCUGGAGCUGCUGAAAAAAGGAGAAGAAUGCUCGGGUGAGGACUUCGACCCCAUGGGGCUGCUGCAGAUGCUGCGUCCGGUCAAGACGGACACGGUGGACGCCAAGAAGGCCGCCCGGGUCGUCAUCUGCGAGGACCAGUCGGACAAGCGCGACGGCGAGAUGAAAGAGAUGACUCCAAUGUUGCCGGGCAACGGCGACGCCGGAGGCAGAGCAGACGGCGAGGGCGGGGCUCUGGGGCAGCGAGCGUUGCGAUAGGCCGCUGGACCGCGCGACGUCAUCCUAUUUGCAUAUCCAUCCUGCUCGUUUGCAUGUUUGUUUCUGACUUAUUAUGGGAUGUAUCGCUGGGAUCAUGUGACCAUUUCUGCCAUCCGUCAAGAAUGCAGUGACGUCAUCGGAACGAGACGUGACAUAUUUGCACAUUUUCUUUAUUUGACGUGCGUAAUGUUCAGGAAGAUAUUUGAGUGGAAUUAUGUAAAAAGAGUUGUUUUGGUGCCUCUUUUCUACUGACCACGUGAAUGUAAGAAAUGUAUGUAACGCCCCAAGAAAAAAUGAAAAUGAAACA